UCGAGUGUUCAACAAUUAAAAUGUUGUGCAUUAAAAAAAAAACAAUUAAUAUGUUGUCUCAAAGUGGGCAAAUAACAUUGUGGUGAGAGCAUAAAUUGUAAUAUCCAGAAACUCACAAAAUCGAUAUAAAAAAUAAAAUUUGGUACAAAAAUAAGGGAAAAUGUGUAGAUCCACCCUUAUAGUAGAGGCCGCUAUAGCUUAUUGCUCUCCAUAUUCGAUAUUGGAUCAAAUAGGCCCCCGAAAUCUUAAAAAUCAAUCAAUUAAGCAUGUUUGACUAAUCGCCGUUUUCGUCUGUUACUCACUUUUUUUUAUUAUUAUUUUAAUGAAAAGGGGGCCCUACCUUUAAAAUUGGAUCAACCCUCUCUCUCUCUUUCUCUUCCUAGGUGAGCCUUGUCGUCGCCGUUUUUCAGUCAUCUCUGUCGCCAGCAAGGCCAACGCCCUUCCUCCGGCAUUGGCCACCCCUCUAUGUGUGUUUAAGCAGCCAUGGAUGCCAGUAAACAGUCGUUGUUGCCUUAUUCGUUCAAGUCGAAUAAGCUUUUGAGCUCGCCUGCGCCGUCGGAUCGGAAGGUUUCUGAUUCGAACCCGGACCCGCUGAUCGUGAAGACCCCCGGGAAGCCGACAAACCAACUGCGGAGACUGCACAACCGCAGCAUGGCUUUGUCGAUUUCGGAUGCCAGAAAACUGGCGAUGAAGCUCCAGAAACGGGGAUCCGAUCCGCCUGCGAGAAUCGAUGCAGUUUCGAUUUUGGAAGAAGAGGAGAUUGCGAAGCUGAAGAAGCCUGAUGCUGCUUAUAUAGAGCUUCCGACAAAAUACGAGCGUCUAAUGGUAGGGAGAGGGGUGGCCGACGCCGGAGGAAGGGCGUUGGUGUUCGCUAAUUUAUUAACACGCCGCAAGUAUAAACUACCAAAGCAAGACUAA